GAACACAAAGGCCUUUUUACAGUAUUUUCUUUCUAUUCCUAUACAUAUCGUUUUUUGAGCUCACUCCCGCACUCUAUCAAUACAUAUCUCUAUGGUUUUACCGCUCGUUUUCGAAUCGCCAUUAAGUGUUUGUUUUCCGGCCAACUUCGGCUCUCUCAUUGAGUAUACCUAUGUGUACACGUAGGUUUCUGCCAUCAAAAGCGCCGAAGGAAGAAAUGUGUAUAUAGUUCGGCCAUUUGACCGCUAGAGGCGAUAAUUCAUGGAGCAUACUUUUGGCUGAACCUUUUCCAGAAGUAUCGGCAAUCUUCCUACUUAUCUCUGUUUGUAAUAUUUAUAAUAUGCUAAUAUGCAAUAACUUAUUUUUGAAUAUAUUGUAAAAGAAGUAAUUCAUAAUGGGGCAUGAUACAAAUUCAGAAUCUGAGAGUAUUUUGUCUGAAUCUAAUGAUUUGGCGAAAGACGUUGAUGUUGCUGCUAAAAUCAAAAGAGAUGAAAAGCCUCACAAGUGUACUUUUGAUGGUUGCAAUUUAUCUUUUUCUAGACCAUCUCGAUUAAAAAGGCAUAUGAAAUUUCACACGGGAGAGAGGGACUACAAAUGUACGUAUCCCGAUUGUGAUAAAACUUAUACGAACAAUUCUCAUUUGAAACGACAUAUGGAGAGCCACAAUGCAGUAAAAAAAUUAUAUAAAUGCCCAGAAUGCUCAUUACAUAUUAGUAAUCAACAUAACUUAAAACGUCAUUAUAAUACAAUGCAUAUAAAUCAUGACAAAUUAACUUGCAAAGAUUGUAAUGAAACUUUUGUAAAAAAAUACCAGUUUAAGAUACACAUGGCAAAACAUAAUUCGGUUUUAUAUAAAUGUGAUGAAUGUAAUAAAAGUUUUAAAAAUAUUACAAAAUUUAAAAGGCAUAAAGCAUAUCAUGAACAAGGAGGUAAACAAUAUCCAUGCAAUAUGCCAGGAUGUAAUGAAGUUUUUAAAAAAUGGCUGCUUCUUUGUGCACAUAAAAAAACUCAACAUGUAAAUGAUUACAAAUGCAAAAACUGUGGUAAAAUAUUUUUGAGCAAACGACAUUUAAAAAUUCAUUCUCAAGUUCACAUGGAAAAUAGAUCUGUUGUAUCUUGUCCUUUUGAAAAAUGCCCUCGUGUUUAUUACUUUAAAAGUAAUUUAACUCAUCAUAUACAGACUUAUCAUCUUGGAAAAAAAUAUGAGUGUGAUAUAUGUAAAAUAAAGAUUGGAUCAAAACAAAGAUUAGCAAUACAUAUUCGGAAACUACACAUGUCAGAAAAAAAGAUAAAAGAGAUCAAAAAAAGGUUACAGCGCAAAAAAAGGAAAGAUGCUGGGGUAGUUAAAAAGAGUGCACUGUCCAAAUUAGUUGGAAUUAAGUUACCAGAAAAAGUAGAAAAAAUGGUAUUAAAAGGAGAAGAAACUAUACCAUACUUAGAACAAUUUGAAACAGAAUCAAAUUGUAACGCAGAUUGUAAUUACCUUAGUUCUAUAACAUAAAAUAUUGUCAUAAAUAUGUAAUCAUAAAUAAAUUAUAUAUAUAAA